AGUUAAUAAACUUGAAACGAGUACAAAGAAAUAACUUGGUUUGUAAUGGCCUGGAGCAAAUAUAUUGGAUAUUGGAUAAGUUGGGAAACAUUCAGAGCCGCGCGAGAAGGCUUGUUCGUCUCUUCAUGAUCGGGAUAUCGGUCCAAAUUGUAGGACACACGGUAAUGAGUAACGAGAGUCAGUUCACCAGAAUAAUUAUCGUCUGAUAAGAAUAUUAUAUCAUUACUCCGAAAGUCUGAUCCUACCUUGAAGGUUUUGAUAUCAGUUACUCAUAUAACAUCUCAACUUCACCCACUCAAAUGGUGUUUAAGAUAUUUGCAUAAUUUAUUUUCCCCAUAAUGACAUCAGGAAAUAACUUUGACAAGGCUAAAGGAGUCGACUCAGUCCGGAAACACAAGAUCAAAGGACUUUACUUAUUUGAAAGAUGUUCCGGGGGAAUACUCAAUCUCAAGUUUGAUUCGGAAGUAUUAGAGUCAUUUUACUACAAAUGUACUUACCCAAGUUCACGUGGGAGAUUCCGUUUUGGCACUGUAUUAACAGCUUUUCUGUCAGUCGCUUGGUUGAUGUAUUUUUCAAUUCUGCAACAUCCUAGUUGUUUAAUAUACAGGAUCGGAUUCAGUCUUGGUGUUGUGAUCUCACUUACUUAUUUCUUAAUGAGCUUCUUCGACAAACUUUUCAGAUCACGAGCUAUAUUAAUCAGUGUUAGUCACGCAUGGAUUUCAUGCUUGCUUGGCUUGCUUGCAUUUACUCCACCAGAACCUGGUGCUACUUUGGCUUUUAAUCUCAGUUUAAUUCUUCAGCUCAUAUUGAUCACAUAUACCAUGGCUCCUUUGCGCUUAUGGCAGCUGUUGGCAAUUUGUGGACCCGUUAGUGUCUUGCAAAUAGUUUUAGCAAGUGUGAGGUACGACCGGGUCCCAGGCUGGUUUAUACUGUUGUUUUUCGUCGGUCAUUUCUCUGUUCAUUUGAUUGGAAUUAAUCUUCACUUGAUGUCUCAAGUAAGUCCGCUCUCUUUUACCAUAACUUCCAGGAAUUCGGUUUGAUAUUCAUGUUUUUGACUAGUUUUAUGGUUAUUUUAUAAUAUGUAGAACAAUGAAUUCAUGGUUGAAGCACUUGCGACUGAAGAUUUGAAAGUCCUAACCAUACACUUAGGGAUCAGCCAGUAGUGCACAAACAGGUGUGCUAGAGACAUCUGAUAACAUUACAUUGAUUCCCAGAAUAUAUGUACUAAACCAAGACGUAGUGUAUUCGUUAAAUUUUACUUUAUAAAUGUCGAUACAGCUGGGCAGAAAAAAAAGACUACACGACUAAGGAGAUGUACUUAUGAAACGAUAGAGGAAGACAUGUGUUUAUAAUUAAAGACAAAUAAAUGGACAGAAAUGAGUGAACUCAAGUAGUUUAAAAUUGGAGAAACGGUUCAGUUAAAAAUACAAUCACGAGAAACCCUUCCAGGUAAAUAAAUUUCAUUUUUAUGAAAAAAGUAAGAAAAACUACAGCUAGGGUUCAAAUGGCCACCGUUCUGAAACGUUUCUGGCAACAUUUCGAGCCGCUGAGUUGCACCAUUUCUAAGACUGCAAUCAGGGUGUCAUGAUGGACCUACUGAUGCCAGUUCUAUGCACCUUUCUUUAAUAUCACGGCUUCAUCUCAUAAACUACCCAUCUCCUACUUUUCCACUCAGUCUCAGCUUCGGGGAACCAUACAAAAUGUGGAGGUUCCUGAUAUGAUAUUGAUGCGAUAUGUCCAAGCCAGCAGUGGCAAAUUUGGAGAGGAAUAGUAAGAUUGGACAAUCGUGCCUAACCCUACUUCGGUUUGGGCACCCGGGCAGUAUCACAGCCCUCAUACAUAUCGAAUGAGAUUUGUCUGGCGCAUAUGUAUUUGAUGCCCAAUUGUACCAUUAUCUAUGUGUUAAA